AUGAGGGAGAAAAGACUAGAGAAUAGAGAAGGCAGGGAUCUGCCCAAGGUCAUGCAGAGCUGGUUCCUGCCCUGGGACCAGACCCCAGGUAUGCCAGCUCUCAGGCCACUGAACCACGUGAACUACGGCUUCAAAACCAGGACACCAAACCUGGCUCCACCAGAACAGAAAAGGCUUCCCCCAAGUUGGAAAAAGAUGCCCUUUCUGACCAGAGUCAAAGUUUCCCUGAAGCUUGUCUCGCCCAGCUUCCUCAUUGGCUCAUGGGAUCCACCCUCUUCAGGGAUCCUCCCCCUACUCUGCAAGUUCUGGGAGAGGGGACAUUCCCUGAGAGGACAAGGGUCACACAACACCAUGACUGAGUCUGGCAAGCCCAUCCUCUACUCCUAUUUCCGGAGCUCCUGCUCAUGGAGAGUUCGAAUCGCUCUGGCCUUGAAAAGCAUCGACUAUGAGACCGUACCUAUCAACCUCAUAAAGGAUGGGGGACAGCAGUUCUCUGAAGAAUUCCAGGCACUCAAUCCAAUGCAGCAGGUGCCGGCCCUGAAGAUCGACGGAAUCACCAUUGGCCAGUCACUGGCCAUCAUUGAGUACCUGGAGGAAACUCGGCCCACUCCGCGCCUCCUGCCGCAGGACCCGAAGAGGAGGGCCCAGGUGCGCAUGAUUUCCGAUGUCAUUGCCAGUGGCAUCCAGCCCCUACAGAACUUGUCUGUCCUGAAGCAAGUGGGACAGGAGAACCAGCUGACCUGGGCCCAGAAGGUCAUCCGCUCUGGCUUCAACGCUCUGGAGCAGAUCCUGCAGAGCACGGCAGGGAAGUACUGUGUGGGAGACGAGGUGUCCGUGGCCGACCUCUGCUUAGUGCCUCAGGUGGCAAAUGCUGAAAGGUUCAAGGUGGAUCUCACUCCCUACCCUACCAUCAGCCGCAUCAACAAGACGCUGCUGGCCUUGGAGGCUUUCCAAGUGUCUCACCCCUGCCGGCAGCCAGACACACCGCCUGAGCUGCGGGCCUAGCUCCCCAGCUGUGCCCCAUGGGUGAGGGGGCAGGGAGAGGGUGCAGGAGCAGAAGCUGGGGGGAGGGGGUGCUGAACAGGCCUGGCAACAAGCAGGCCCUACUGGAGAAGCAGGAGACCUGAACUCCUUGAACUUGGACUCAAGCCCUGGAUCCGCCUUCCCACUGAAAAUCCUUGUGCCUCAGUCCCCUCAUCUGUCCAGUGCGGGUAGUGUGGGGGAGAGGAUGCUGGGAGGGAGGGAGGCAGGAACAUCACCGGUCAUCUGUGUCGUGGGGCAGUCGUGAAGAUGAGGUGAGAAUGUAGCCUAAAACGCUUGGUGGGUUCGGCAAGGAGACGUAAGGGAGCCUGCGCGCUCUUCCCAUGCCCGCAGCUGUACCUGACUCCAGAGAAGGCCCACACUGAAAUUUGAUCAUUAAACUGAAGCCCAGGCC